AUGAACGCUAUCAGGAAGCUAAACCAAAUCAACCAGAAAGAGUUGGAACAGAACACCUCAUAUGAGUCAUCAUGGCAUUAUGAUUACCGUGAUACAGCAUACAUAUACAUAGGGGGACUACCAUAUAACAUAGCAGAAAAAGACAUCCUUACUAUAUUCUCACAGUAUGGCAUUCCUAGUCAUAUCAACCUAGUAAAAGACCGUGAAACAGGGAAGUCUCGAGGUUUCUGUUACUUGAAGUACUUCAACUUCAAGAGCUGUGUUUUAGCGGUAGACAAUCUAAACGGAUUGAAGAUAUUUGAUCGGUCAAUCAAAGUAGAUCAUGUCUACUUUAAGCUCAGAGGAAAUGAAAAAGAGGAGGAUUAUCUAGUGGACUAUAGCGAAUUUGAACGCAGAGCAUUGAAGAAUACUGAAGAUGUUAAGAAACCCCAAAAACUAUUAGAGUUGAAGGACGUGCAGGAUGACGAUGAAUUGAGAGACCCAAUGGAAAACUACAAUGCAUCAGAACCAGCUUUGGCCGUUGCAGAUUCUCAGAAACACGAGAUGGACGACGAAUUGAAGGACCCUAUGGAGGCUUUUCUCAGCAACAGCAAAAAGGAUGAUAAAAAGAGACAUGAAGGGGAUAGGCACAGACACAGACAUCACGAUAAGGAUGCAAAGAAACAUCGAAGCCACAGACAUAGUCAUAAGCAUGGCCACAAAGAUAGUCACAAGCACAGUAAUAAUGGUGACGACAGAGAGAAAAGUAGGGAACUCAAAAGGCGAAGUGAUGGGCGCCAUUCUGGAAAUGAAGAUGCAUCUGACCGUGAAAACAGACGUGAAAGAAGUCCUACUAGAUAA